AUGGGAAAGGACUUCUUAAGUUAUUCGCAAGACAAGACCAAGUACGCCCUCGGCACUGUAUCGCGCCGCCCUCGUGCCUUUGUUGUAUGCGCCGAUGUGGAACCGUUGAUCACAGCCUUAUUCGCCUUAGUCCCGGGGCGUCAGACUACGUACGGAGUCCGAAGUCCAGCACGAGCACAGAAUACUUCUGUGCUCCAGAGCCCAGACUCCCGAGUCCCGGCAGUAGCAAGCGCAGGCAGAAGCAGACGAAGAAGAAGACGAACUCAAGAACCAGAGGCAUUAUUAUUUGUAUUCGACAACAUCGACAGGGGAACUUCCCCUUCCAGCAGCGUCGCCGGGAACGUUGGAAACGUCAACCUGCCAGUCGGACCUCCUCCAGCCAGUCAGUCUCGUCCACCAUGGAUGGCUUGUUGGAAACCCGGGAGACCACUUCCCCAGAGUCUAGGCAAGUCUGGGAUAUGCUUGGCCUAG